AGUUAGGAAAUUUCGUAGUGAUAUUGAUUUCGCAGAGUCCCACCACUUCUAUCAGAAUGAGCUGUUUUCUUCAUGCAUAUAUUAUUGUCUAUUAUCUUCAAUCCUCUUAAUCACAUUGAUGGAUACACUUGCUAGUACGGCAACAUUUUGCAAUAGUCGAAUCACUGCGUUGCCGAUAAGACUAAGAGCCUAAGACAAUAUCUUAUGUCCACCCAAAAUUUAAAAACAUCCAUGCCACAACAUUCUAUUUAAAUGGCACAAUAUUCAUAUAUAGUAACCCUGAAAUACUAAAUCACAAAACACACACACACACACACACACACACACACACACCUUGUGAAUAUGUUUCUCCCAAUUCUCUUCAUCUUUUCGGUAGUUCUAAUUUCCUCCUCCCCUCCUCACACUGCAGCACUAGACUUCUGCGUUGCAAACUUAACAUUGCCUACUGGACCAGCAGGCUACCCGUGCAAGAAGGCUGCCAAUGUGACCGCGGACGAUUUUGCAUUUUCUGGGCUAGCCAUGGCAGGUAACACUUCCAAUCUGAUAAAAGCUGCAGUGACCCCAGCAUUUGUUGCCCAAUUCCCUGGUUUGAAUGGGCUUGGUUUUUCCAUGGCCCGGGCAGACCUAGCCCCGGGGGGAGUGAUACCAAUGCACACACACCCUAGUGCACAUGAAAUGUUGUUGGUUGUUCAAGGGAGAAUUAGUGCAGGCUUGAUAUCUUCUUCAGACAACAAAGUUUACUUGAAAACUCUUAAGAAGGGAGACAUUAUGGUUUUCCCAAAAGGGAUAUUGCACUUCCAAAUAAAUGCAGGAGGAAUUCCAGCUAUUGCAUUUGUUAGUUUCAGUGAUCCAGACCCCGGUCUCCAAAUCCUAGAUUUUGCUUUGUUUGCUAACAAUUUGCCUUCUAAAUUGAUUGAGAAGGUCACUUUCCUUGAUGAUGCUCAAGUCAAGAAGCUCAAGGCUGUUCUUGGUGGCACUGGUUAACCUACCUUUCUCAACAUUAAUUCAUGUCUCUCCAUUACUUUUCUUCCAAUUCAAUUUCGUACAUGUUUCCUAGUUUCUUGAUUUGUUGUGCUAAUUAAGGUCUGUGUGUAGGAUUCUACUAGUUGUUAAUUGGCUGCUUCUUUGUGUACUAGUUGUCUUUGAUUGCUUAAUUUUCAAUGCCAAAUUGUAAGCUUGAUGAGUGUAACUGCCAAGUCUGCAAUAAGCAACAUUCCUUAGUAAUUCUAUUUGAAUAAUAUGUUUCUUUAAUUA